CUGUAUAUUUUUAGCAAUAUCGCGUAUAAAUACUCCGUCGCGAAGAUACGUUAUUUCAAUGUAAAGUUAUUUCACCGAUAAGCAGCGAUCAGAUCGAAAAUGAGCAAGGGUUGUUGGAAAUUCGACGAGGAGGACAAAGCCUUGUAUAUAGAUUUGGAAGAAGACACGGAGGAGGAUAAGCUGUGCAAGGAAUACAGUUCCUGGGAUCAGAUACCCGAUAUUCUGCUGGAGGAGAUAUUCUCAUAUCUGACCAUCCGCGAACGUUACUAUGCAUCUCUGGUGUGCCGAUCGUGGUACCGUGCAUUCAAAUUCCAGAAUGUGUGGUCCACGUUCACUCUGGAGGAUACCACCCUUACACGGGGCAAGUUCAACUACUACAGUGGCUGGCAGUAUGUUCUGGAUCACAUAAGAACAUCCACUUGCUUGAACAAAGUUGGGAGGAACUUCCGCACGCUUGUAUUCGAGCCCAUGUUGAAUUUCUAUAAUCUCUACGAGUUCAUGAACAUGAUAUCAUGGUACGCUGAACGGCAGGGUUCGGAUAAUACGUCAGUGGCCGGCGUGGGCACUUACAUUCGCAGGCUCAAGUUUACCUUUCCCUGCAACAUGGCGAACAGGGAUGAUCCCGAUCGAAUCAGAGUCUUUGGCACAGGUGGCAAACUGCUGGAGGCUCUCAAAAGACUUAUGAGAAAUCUGCAGAAUCUUAGAUGUCUGGAGCUGAUAGAUCUGAUGCUCGAGAGCAAUGAAGCGUUACAUUUGAUGGAUGACAUUUGUACAAAUUGCACUCAGACCUUGUCAAAAUUGAUAUUGAUAAAUACCACGCGUUAUAAUUGUCCGUUGUUACAUGUAGGAGUAUUCCUUAACUUGAACGUCUUGGUUAUUAGUCCUCAAAAUUUGCACGAGGAUAUAAUAGAACUAAUAGGUUACACGAAAUUAAGGCAUCUUCAUAUUCUGCAAAAUCGGUACAGUCUAAAGGAUACUACCAUAAGAUUGCCAAAGAGAUCGUCUUGGGUCAAAAUGAGAGUAAACAAUCCCUAUUUAAAAGUACAUUUUGAGAUAGAAAGUCAUAAAGCUACGGAUAUCCUUUUGCCUAUCGAUUUAUUGGAACAUAGCGCUAUACCAUGUCAUAGUAUAGUAUUGGAUAAUCCAAAUACACAAAUUUCGCCGUCCAUGAUACUUACUCAUGGAACGUUUUUCGACUCAACGAUACAGGUGUAUGCUUUCAAGGGAGUAACAAGAUACUAUCUACACAGGAGCUUCACUAAGAGACUGGACGAGGCAUUGGUGCAAUUCUGCGGGAUGUGCCCAAGCCUACACACACUGAUGAUCCGAGAUAAAAUAUCGACCGCUACGAUUUUAGAGAUUGUCUCUACUGCGAAAUGUUUACGCUGUUUGUAUGUGCGACGAAAUGUAGUCCUGAAAAGAUGUGAUAAAGCCUGGUCGAAAAUUCUGGAUAGAUCACCGGAGUACUACCAAUGGAUCAAGGUAAAUAGUCGUAGUUACGAAAACACGGAGAAGGAAGUGUCCAGAAUAUUGGGCUAUCGAUGGCACAUGUUGUCUGACAAAGAAUUUAAGGCACAAGUGAUCAAUUUGCAUAUAUAAGCUGUUUUUAUGGAACGUGUGUGUGUGUGUGUGUGUGUGUGUGUGUGUGUGUGUGUGUGUGUGUGUGUGUGCGCGCGCGCGCUUUCCAGCAACGACACGGUGCGACACAGAGUAUCUUCUAUCUUUGUUGUUUACUGGAAUUGAAAGAAGAAUGAUACUCUGUGUUGCACCAUGUCGUUGCUGGAAAGCAUCUUGUGUGUGCGCGUGCGUGCGUGCGUACAGUAAAAGCAUAAAAUCAUUAGUUUUAUGCAUUUAUUAGUAAAAUUAUAUAAUAUAUAUCAAAAUUAUUUGUUUUUAUUCUUUAAAUUUUUAUUCUUAAAUCGUUAAUUUUUGUUAUUCUUAAAUUUUUUAAUAAUUAUAUAUAAUUACUAAUAAAAGUAUAUAAUUAGUAAAUUUUGUUUUUACUGUAACAUAAGCAAAUAAGAACUCGCAUAUAUUUUUUAAUUUUUUGAAAUAUUUUAUAUAAUUAUGUGUUAAUUUAUUAUAUUUAUAUGUAUGAAACGAGGCUGUAGAUUGAUUGUCAUGACUGUACGCUUUAAUAUUAGUGAUAAGUCCUGUAAUUACGUAUAACGUUACAUUAAAUAAAAAGUCAUUAAUUUGACAAAAAAAUUCAAUUUUCUCAAUUCAAAUAUUUAUAUAUUUAAUUUAAAAUAUAUAUAAUACUUAGAUUUCAAUUCAAGUAUUUAUGUAUUUAAUUAUAAACAGUGUUGGGUAGUAUCUCUAUACAUGUAUCUAGAUACAUGUAUAGAGAUACAUUUUGUGUAUCUGAACCUGUAUCUGAGAUACAUUUGAAUUAGAGUAUUUGUAUCUAUAUCUAGAUACAAAACACAGUAGCUGAACUGCUUUUCAGAUACAUUUUCAAAUACAUUUUUACGUACUUUUUGUCUUUAUUGGGAAAAAAAUGUUUUUUUAAGGUCAUUUUUGAUUUGCUAUUACUGUCGAUAGCGUCAUUUAGAUUUGCGCAAAUAGUACUUAUGUAUGAAAUAACUUUGCUAUCUAGUCUAUAGAAUCAUUAGAUUUUGUGCAUAUUACAUACAUUAUUAAUAUUAUUAUUAUUAUUACAAUAAAAUAUAAUUUAAAGACGAGAAACGCAAGUUUACUCAACAACUCAACAAACAAAUAAAAAA